GGGGAGUUCUUGGCGAUCAUAAUACGUCCACAAUGUCUGUCUUGGAGGCAUCUUUGAGAAAMCUGCUACCACUAUUAUUCUCUUUUCCUCGACACUUGAUGAAAAUUUUGCUUCUACCAAUACAGAAGCACAACUUGUACCUGUAAUCUGAAGCUAACGAUUCAACCAUAACGAACCGGUAAAAUGGGUAACGCAGAAAGUGGCCCAAUCGUCGACGAUGCUGAAUUUUCGAAGCCUCCUGCGAAAGCUACAGCAGUGGGCUUCACAAAAUCAUCCAUCUUAGCGUAUCCUCGUGACAGCCGAUUUUCGCAUUCACCGGCGAAGACCCAAAAAGAAAGCAGAGGAUUCGAACAUACUGAUCACUCACGGCAACAGCAAGAGGAUACGAGAGAUCAACCUUGUGAAAUGCCAAAAGCAGGAAUGUAUCGCGAUGAAUCACCCAAUUUCCCUACAACACCAUACAAAUUACCCAACGGAAAAACAGUUCACAUGAUCCAAGUUGACAAGAUUUCUUCACAAGAACUCACRGCAAAAGGUUCUAACAAGAAAGGAAGAAAUGCACAGCCUAGUAAAAAAGACAUUGAAGCCAACCAUUUGCUCCAAAGUAUCCUCCAUUUAGAUGCGGAGACGACAGAAGCAACGGCAGCUGUCUAUCAUUCCUUGGAAACUAAAUGUGUUGACGACAACUUCUCAGCUGCUGGCCGAGCCCAUCAAGUCGUCAGACAUAUUAAAGAUGAGCUUAAAAAGGGAAAUUCUAAACCCGCUUACAGGUUCCUUGAAACAGCUAAGACCGUCUUACCAGUCCUUCGAGAAGAGGCAGGUUUGCAGCUAGAGGCCGGAAUUUUCAGUGAAGAUAGCGAAGAUUUGGCAUUCUCUGCACAUCCACCAAGAUAUACUAACAAUGACGACACUCGCUCUAUUUCGAAUGAAACUGCAGCUAUUUUUCAAUACUUGGAUACAGGGGCAGAUAAUAAGCUCCCAACGAAGGAUCCGUCUGGUUCGAAGAAUGUUCAGAAUAGUUUAGGCUUGAAGGACAAUAUUUUUCGAAUACUAGAAGAGAACGAAGAGAAUGAUCCAAUCAAUCGGGAAGUUUAUCACUUAGUUCGGCAAAAUGAAUUACUCGGGAAUGGAGGGAAUCUCGACGACCUUCAUAACUUCAAUGACCCGAAUGUGGAAGACAUGGAUUUGGAAUUUGUUGAGAAUUUUGACCUUGCUUACAGUGAGUUUCUUUUCCUUCACCCAAAACUUGUGGUCAAGAGUCCAGAUCUAAUGAAUAAUCUCAGAAUUUACAAGCUUCAAAAGUUCUUGGAGUACAAUGAGAUUUUAGAAAGAAAGAACGCGGAAAAGCUUGACUCAAUGAAUGCAGAGAAGAGAAUUGCUGAGGAAGCUAUGCAGCGGAAGCUUAAAGGUGCUAUGAGAAAGAAGGCAGCUCGCCAAACUUUUUUGCAGUCAGAGGUCAAUGACGUAAAUUUAAAGACGAAGCAACUUCAAACGAAACUUCGUUGGAAGAUUCUGAAGUAUUCGGAAGGUCGUGCAAAGCGACAAGUGAAACUACGCGAACAAUUCAAGACUAUUCCCCAUGCAAGAACUCGGGAAGAUAUUAUACAGUUGAUACCCGAGGGACAAUUCAGCAAAAAGCUUGAAACUGCAAUCAAGGCAUCCUUCGUCGCGGAAGGAAGCCCUCACCCUGACGUGCUAUCCCCCAGACAAGAGCAAAAGUUCCGCGAGAUCCAAGUUGAAAACUCUAUGUUGAACUCUGAAAUAGAGAUGUUGAAUAAGCGACUUGCCCAUUUACAGAGCGAUGCAAACAAGUUGGAAUGGGUUCAAUCAACGCUUGCAGAACUCGAUCCAGUCUCAAUGCUCAAAUUGAAGCAAAAAAUUGAGAAAAAGGAAGGAAUCACUCUAUGAACUCAUUCAUAUCGUGAUCGAAUGAAGUAACAGUAGAAGCUCUGUAAACUAGUGUAGCACAGUGAUACAAAAAUUGGGAGUUGGAAUGUAUAUUCAAUUUUUUAGCACGAGUGUAGGUUCACAAUGAUGGAUUUUAAAAAGUGGAUACAACCUACGAUGUACGUAGUAUACAAUGCCAUCAGGCGCAAUCAAGCAAUAUAGCAUGAAUCUACAU